AUGUCGAGAAGCCGCCCAGCCACAUCAACUUUACGGCUUACAUUCCGCAGAAUGAUUUGCUGGCGCACAAAUCCUGCAAACUCCUAAUCUCCAACGGCGGUAUGCUAUCAGUCAUGGAAGCGGUGGCCCAUGGCGUCCCGAUGGUCGGAAUCCCGCUCUAUGGCCAGAAUCGGCAUAACAUGGGGAAGGUUGCGCAAAGGGGCCUUGGCGUUGUCGUCGAAAAGCAGGACGUUACCGAGAGCACAAUGUAUGCGGCUAUCAAGAAUGUGCUUGACUAUCCUAGCUUCAAAAACAAGGCCAAGUGGGCGUCGAAGGAAUUCAAGCAAAGGAAAAAUACUCCGUUUGAAGAGGUACUCCACUGGAUCGAGUUCAUCGCCCAACAACAGGGAAAUCCUUUGAAAUCCCCAGCCGAUCAUCCGCUCAUCCAACUAGCCAAGCAUUUAUGUCUAGACCUCGAUGGUAUCUUCGACGAAUGC